AGAGAAGUUUUGUGCUCGACGUGAACAGUCCCUCCGCGCCAGUUUGCAGUUCGUUCGUUUGUCCAUUUAUUCUAUACAAUCCUGGUUGGUGCAACAACGUGGCAAUGCAUCGUUUUGUGGCGUCCUUCAAACUGUUCCGACGAGGUGCACACACCAUACCGAAGCAUCUCGAGGCCAUUCCCAACGAGCGAGAUCCACCAUUUUCGAAGAUGGUGGAAUAUUGCUUCCACAAGGCAUGCAUCGUGCUCGAGCCACAACUGAUAGAAUCGAUGAACAAGUAUCCUAACAUGACGGCGGAAAAGCGUAUCAACAGAGUGCAAGCCAUUCUGCAAAUCAUCUCCAACAACUCGAGCACCCUGGAGUUCCAGUUCCCGUUCGUGCGUGACGACGGUCGGUACGAGAUGGUCACGGCAUUUCGGGCCCACCAUUGCCUCCAUCGGCUUCCGGUCAAAGGAGGCAUUCGGUACUCGCAGGACGUGUGUAAGGAUGAAGUCGAAGCCCUUUCGGCACUGAUGACCUUCAAGUGUGCCUGCGUCAACGUACCGUUUGGCGGUGCCAAGGGUGGUAUCAUAAUCGACCCGUCCAAGUAUAGCGAGAAAGAGCUGCAAAGCAUCACCAGACGCUACACGGUGGAGCUGGCGAAGAAGAACUUUAUCGGGCCGGGCAUUGAUGUGCCUGCGCCGGACAUGGGCACAACGUCGCGCGAAAUGUCCUGGAUCGCCGACCAGUACGGAAAAACCUUUGGCCAUCGUGACAUCAACACAAUGGCCGUCGUUACCGGUAAACCGCUAAAUCAGGGCGGUGUAAGGGGCCGCACGGAAGCCACGGGCAAGGGCGUCUACAUUGCGACAAACUGUUUCACCCGCGAAGCUAGCUGGAUGCGCGAGGUCGGGCUCGAGCCGGGCCUGGAAGGAAAGACAGUCAUUGUGCAGGGCUUUGGAAACGUUGGGCAGUACGCGGCCGAACACUUCCACAAGGCAGGCUGCAAAGUGAUUGGCAUCAUCGAAAAGGACGUUUCAUUGCACUGCAAGUCCGGCAUCGACAUUAAGGCGCUCAGCCGAUACAAGACCCAGCAGAAGACGAUCAAAGGAUAUCCGAAGGCGAACGAAUUCAACGGUGAUUUGCUGCUGGAGGAAUGCGAUAUUCUCAUACCGGCAGCGAUGGAAAAAUCAAUCACCUCCGAAAACGCCAAAAACAUAAAGGCCAAGAUCAUAGCGGAGGGCGCUAACGGUCCUACGACGCCCGCCGCCGACAAAAUCCUCCAGGAGCGCCGCAUUCUCGUCAUUCCCGAUCUUUACUGCAAUGCCGGCGGUGUAACUGCGUCGUACUUUGAGUAUCUCAAAAAUAUUAAUCACAUCUCGUUCGGUAAGCUAUCGUUCCGCCACGAGGCUCACAACUUGCGGGAGGUGCUCGCCUCCGUGCAGGAGUCGUUGCGUAGUGCAGGAGUUUGCGUCACCGUAACGCCCAGCAAACAUCUCAAGCAUUACUUUGAGCACGCGAGCGAGGCCGAUGUGGUAACGUCCGGGCUGCAGUUUGUGCUAGAAACGGCCGGGAAAGGCAUAAUGAAUGUAGCAUCGCAGCAUCAACUCUGUUUGGACCUUCGAACUGCGGCCUACAUCUGGUCGGUGGAGAAAAUUUUCAAAUCGUACGAAGAAGCGGGUCUUUCCAUGUAAACAGUCCUGUUCCUUUUGUUUCUGCAAUUGUCUUAAGAUUGGUCGAAAUUUCAACACUCUGCAAUACAUACAUUUGAUUUACAAUCCAAUCGUUCUUAACUAAACAACUUUGGGUUUUUUCUGUGGCGUAGCACUCAUGCAAAAACACCUCGUUCGUAUUUAUAGGCUUUGGAAUACUUACGACUUUACCUGGAGCCAGAGCCUCAACAAUUUUG